GAAGGGCUGCCGCUGCUCCGCGGUGCUGAAGUGUCACUUUGUCUAAGCCGCAUCCGGCAUAUCGCGAACGGAGCGCUCAUCGUUAACGCCCUCCUCAGGUCCUCUCCGCAAGUCAUCACAUUGUAUCACUAUAUUUAUUUGUAGCUGUUUUAAGCAUCUUGCUUAAGAUAUCCAACGUUUAUAAAUUAAUCCGAGACAAUGAUCAAGAACGGUCACCACGCGACGAGCGAACCGGGGAAAGACGCGGAGCCGGAGAGAGGCGGCAUCGGCCGCAGCCCGGAGAAGCGAAAGCGUACCGUCCGGGUGUGGUGUGAUGGCUGUUACGACAUGGUGCACUAUGGACACUCCAACCAGAUGCGGCAGGCCAAGGCCAUGGGCGACUACCUUGUUGUUGGAGUUCACACUGAUGAAGAGAUCUCGAAGCACAAGGGCCCCCCCGUGUUCACGCAGGAGGAGCGCUACAGGUUGGUGCGCGCCAUCAAGUGGGUGGACGAGAUCGUGGAGGGCGCGCCGUACGUCACCACGCUGGAGACACUCGACAAGUACAACUGCGACUUCUGUGUCCAUGGAGAUGACAUCACACUUACGGUGGACGGAAAGGACACAUACGAGGAAGUGAAAAAGUCAGGCAGAUAUAGGGAGUGCCGGCGAACGCAGGGCGUGUCCACCACAGACCUGGUGGGACGGAUGCUGCUGUUGACCAAAGCCCACCACAGCAACAUUGACAAUUCAGAUUACCAGCAGCACACAGACAACUUUGGAAAGGGGCCCAAAGGCCACAGUCCUUGGACGGGGGUGUCCCAGUUCCUCCAGACGUCCCAGAAGAUCAUCCAGUUCGCCUCGGGGAAGGAGCCACAGCCAGACGACACCAUCAUCUACGUGGCUGGGGCCUUUGACCUCUUCCACAUCGGCCAUGUGGAUUUCCUGGAGAUGGUCUACAAGCAGGCAGAGAAGCCCUACGUCAUUGUAGGACUGCACUUCGAUCAGGAAGUGAACCGUUACAAAGGGAAGAAUUACCCCAUCAUGAACAUCCACGAGAGGACGCUGAGCGUGCUGGCCUGCAGGUUCGUGUCUGAGGUGGUCAUUGGGGCUCCCUACGCCGUCGGGGCGGACCUGCUGGACCACUUCAAGGUAUGGGGGGGGGGGGCGCUCUGUAAUAGCACCGCUGUGUGUGGCUGUCUGUGUGAAGCAGCCAGUGGACUGACCCCUGCCCCCCAUACACACCACAGGCUGCAGUUUGAGGCCAGGAACCAGAAGAAGGAGGCCAAGGAGCUGGCGGCGAUCCAGGCGAUAAAGCAGCGGGAUGAGGGGCACGUGCCGGACGCGGCACAGGCGGCGGUGUAGGGGGGGCUCCAGGCCGGGGGGGGCAUCAAAUGGAGACUGAUCAGGAACAGUCAGAUGCUGCCCAGAGUGGACACACCUUUCCAUCUGACGCCCCUCCCUAAUUGACCCUCCCCCCCAAUGUCCACGCUUCUCUACCUGUCUGCACUGUCUACUUCCUGCAAACUGAAGUGGCUCUUUGGUACAGAACAGGGGGGCUGUAAUAUAACAUGAGUGACUGCCCCCCUGCUACGGAAACACUACUGGGGACCUGGACUAUGGUCAGUCUCAGUUAUGAAGAAAUCCGAAGAUCAGCAACAAUCGUGUGAUGAAGUCCAACAGAAAUUCUGCUAACAGCUUAAAAAUAACACCGCAGUUUGCACUGGAGAGUCUAGGUUAAAGAUUACAGUUCUCAGUCGGCCUGCCUUAACCUAACCCUAAACCUAACCCCCUACACCCGAGAACUGCAGAUGCCGGUUUUAUCGUGCUGCUGAGUGACUGUAUGUGGUGUUUGACUGUAUUUAUGUUGCUUGCUUGUCACAAACACCAUCCAGGAACGGAAAUCAUCCUGCGUUGUCAUUUUAGUUCUGCUAAAUGCUUUUUAACUCCCGCUAGCUUCCCGAGGACCCGCUUGGGAAGGGCCGGAGCAGCACGGUGUUUUAAAUGGCCGGCUGCAAACGGCUUUGACGAGUGACUUCUGUGCCAUCGAUGGCUGUGGCGGGUCAGAAGGCAGCGGCACCUCAUUUUAAUGCUUGGACAGUUUUUAUUUCUGUUUUAAAAGAGAUUUGCUUGUAUAGUGUUUUUAUUAACACGUCUAAAUUAUGAUGGGUGACGUGCUGUGUGUUCCUUCUCGCUACACGUGCGGCUUCACUACUGAGCGUGUUCCUGCAUCUGUUUGUGGACACGCCAUCUCAUUUGCGCACGUGGAUUCCUCACUGGCGAGUGAGAGUGCAGUUAUAACCAUUGCCGGUGUGGGAUGUACCAGCUGCUUCUGAUGUGGGUUUUUUUAACUGGUGAUAUUUUAAGAUGAUUUUGAACCUCUGUACAAAAUGGAUUCUUUCACUGGAUUUGCACUGCACCUUUUGUCAAAAACAAUAAGACUGGUUAUACCCCUAA